AGAGGUGAGCAGUGAGCAAGACAGACAGAUAUGGCUUAUGCUGCCGUGACUUCCAUGUUGAACACCCUGGAUCAGUUCUUGAAUUAUAGUCCGGAUCUAUUCCUAAAAGAGAUCAAGUCACUGCAUAAAAGGAUGUAUUCCUUUCAGGAAUUUCUGGAGUCGAGGGCCAUUAUCCAGAGGCGGCAUGAAAAGCUCAAAAUAGUCCACCAGGAAAUGCAAAUGCAAAUGGAAUCAAUCAUCAGAGAUGCAGCAUACAGAGCAGAAGAUAUCGUUGACUCCAAAGUAAGGGAAUUUCAUCAAGCAACAACUGGAGAAGAGCAGAAUAAAGCUUGUGAAGAUCUUUGCCGGAUGCUAGAACUAGUGAUAAAAGAGAUGGAAUCCACCAAAGAUGAUGAUGAUAUUUCGAAGAAGAUUUCCCAGGAUCAAACCAAUCACAACUCCUCCGUACCGGUUUCUUUGAUCAGUAAUGGACUAUCCAUUCCAGAUCUGGAUGCUACUAAUAUAGUGGGCUUCAAUCAGGAAUGGGAAAGAAUCAUGGAUAGGCUAACUGGCCGGAAGUCUAAUCUUGAUGUCGUCGCCGUUGUUGGCAUGGGUGGAGUUGGUAAAACCACCCUUGCUAGAAGAGCUUAUAAUGAACCUCGGCUCAAGGAUCGUUUUGACUGCAGAGCAUGGACUACAGCAUCUCAACAGCAUAAUGUUAGAGAUGAUGUAUGGAGCACUGAUGCCUGGGAUGGUGUGUUUAGAUCAUUUCCCGAUGAUAAAAAGGGAAGUCGCAUUAUUUUAACUAGUAGAUAUACUGAGAUAGGAGCUUAUGUUAACCCUCAUUGCCAUCCCCACCUGUUGAAUUUGUUUGACAAAGAUGAAAGUUGGAAACUGCUUUGCAAGAAAGUUUUUGGAAAAGGAAGCUGUCCUCAUGAACUGGUGAGUAUAGGGAAGGACAUUGCAGAAAAAUGCCGAGGCUUACCACUAGCAAUUGUUGUAGUCGCAGGGCACCUCUCUAAGAUCAACAAGACAGUACAGGGAUGGAAGAGCGUUGCCAGAAACAUAGGCUCAAUUUUGAGUGAAGACCCGAAGCAGUGCUUGGAUAUACUUGCUUUGAGUUACAAACACUUGCCUCAACAUUUGAAACCUUGCUUUCUCUAUUUGGGAGCCUUUGCAGAAGACUAUGAGAUUCCUUUGAGGCGGCUGAUUAGAUUGUGGAUUGCGGAGGGGUUUCUCAAGGGCUCAAAAGAAAAGAGCUUGGAAGAGGUAGCAGAGGGCUGCUUGGAGGAUCUUAUUCAAAGGAGUUUGGUUAUGGUUGGAAGGAUAAUCAAUGGAAGAAUCAAGACUUGCCGCAUCCAUGAUGUCCUGCGUGAUUUGUGUCUCAAAGAGUCUAGAAAAGACAACUUUCUUCAUGUGCUUGCGGAACAGCACCUAGAAAUUGCUCCUCAAGAUAUAGUUACUCAACGUCGUGUUAGUUCCCACUGUCAAAACAUUUCCAUAAAACCUUCUUCUGAUCAUGUUGUUUCACUUUCCCGUUCCUUUCUUGCCUUCAAGGUUUCAGGUGGUUCCUUCCUUCCCAGUAUGAAUUUCAAGUUGCUUAGAGUGCUAGACAUCAUGUCAUUGCAUCAUAUUAGUUUUCCAGAUGAGAUAGUACACCUCAUCAACCUCAGGUACCUUGCACUAACCCCUUCUGAUACUGAAAUUCCAGCAUCAAUAUCCAAUCUUUGGAGCCUACAAUGUUUGGUUCUUUGUUUCAUUUCUGAUGGGCCAACUUUACCUCCAGAAAUUUGGAAGUUGCAACAGCUUAGGCAUCUUCAUGUUAAUACUUGGGUUUCUUUUCCCCACCCUGCAUCUAAGUCCUCACCUUUACCAAAUUUGCAAACACUUUCUAAACUAAGCCUUUCCAGUUGCACCAAGGAUGUUUUUUCUUCCACUUCAAAUCUAAAAAAACUGGGCAUUUCUGAAAUAGUCGACAGUUUGAGUUCCCCGACACAGAGCCUCUGGCCUGAAACAUUUCAAAGUUCUGCCUCCCAGAGUUUUUAUGAGAUCGAGAGCAUCUGGCCUGAAACAUUUCAAAGUUCAGCAACUGAGAAUUGUUACCAAACUGAGAGUCUCUGGUCUGAGUGUUUCAACAAUUUUGUUCACUUGCGUCAGCUUGAGAGACUGAAACUGGUCUGCUCAAGCCAAUUAUUCACUGGAGAGCCACCAUUGGUACACCAUCUAGAUGCUUUUCCAACAACUCUCAAGAAGUUAAGUUUGAGCUUCAGCCGUCUUCCAUGGGAAUAUUUUAAGCUUCUUGGUGAACUACCCAAUCUUGAGGUGCUAAAACUCACCAGCUAUGCCUUUACCGGACCAAAGUGGGAACUUGUUGAUGGUCAUGAAUUCAGGCAACUCAGGUUCCUACUACUAGGGCUUACAGAUUUAGUGCACUGGGAAACCAAUAGUUAUCUCUUUCCAAAACUGGAACACCUUGCUUUGAAGCAAUGCUAUGCGCUGAGUAGCAUACCUGAUGCCAUUGGGGAAAUUCUAACUCUGAAAAGGUUGGAGCUACAUGAAUGUUGCCCUGAGGCAGUAAGUUGUGCAAUUGAAAUUCGACAAGAUCAGAUGAAUAUAAUAGGGAAGGAUGAUCUUGAUGUUAUCAUUGUUGAUAGAGAAUAUCAGAUAGCAUUACUGCAAAGUACAGAAAAUUAUGCCACUGCUGUGCAGAAUUAUGUAAAAUGAUUCUCUGUACGUGUGGUGCAUAAGCAUUUGCUUUGUUAUCUUAUGUUGUCAUUUUGUAUUGUGUAGGAUGCGUAAGCAUUUGUUUUUUAUCUUAUGUUGUCAUUAACUCA